AAAAGCUUGAGAAACCAUAUGAAAAUUCCAAAAAAAUCAUAAACCCCCUAGAAAAUACUGCAAGGAAAAACAAGCACAGGCAGAUAAGGUGAACACAAAAAGAAAGCAUGAAGGAGGUUUUCAACCUAGGGCUAUCUUCAAGAGUUUGAGUCUUUUGCUCAAAGAUGAGAGAUAGGCCCAACCAAAACUAUAGUUAGAUCGGACAGCCAGAGAAGUGAGUCCAAGAAGGUUACGGGUUUAGACUUUAGGUUUGGAUUCGUGAAAUCCAACACCUUUUCGAGAUAAAAUAUUUGGGGAUCAGAGAAAAGGACAUAGAGCCGACCCGAGCAAUGCCAUUUUGUGGUCGAGAGCAGUGAUGACAGUGAUAGGCGAUGGUGUUGCCGUUCAAAAAUCGAAGGGAAAGAGAAAGCCAUUCAUCUUGGUAGGAGUGACUAUUAUAACUGUGAAUCUUUUCCAUUCUUUUUCCCUUUAAUUGCAGGUUUAGAGAUUUUAAAAAGUGAAGCGACUGGUGCCUGACAUGGAUUGUUGAAACGGUAGUGACUAUAAUAAUGGCAACUUUUGCUUCAAUUCGACAAAUUAGCCGGCAAUUUGUCAAAAGGGAACCUUUACUCAAGUUCUGUUGUUUUGUCCAAAAUGAGUCCUUUUUUCCUAGUCCAUGCCUUGAUUGUAUCACAUUUGCGAGCCAGAGAAGCUACAGUGCUGUGAGUACUUCAUUACAUGCACUAUGUGUAACCUCUCCUGAUUUUUCAUUGUUGGCAAAGCAGAAUGUACUUCAGCAUCACAACAUAUUUGCUAAAUGGUUGAUUGCAAGAUAUUUGAGUCAUGCAUCAAUUGAGCUAAAGACAGAUGAGGAUGUUAUCAGGUUUUCUUUUAAUAAGUCGGUUGGUAGAUUAGCCUCUACAAACAGAAAGAGAAAAAUGUCUAAAAAGGCAAAAGUGAAUGAGCUUCGUUUCUAUCGUCUAAAGGCCAAAAAGAAGAUGAAUUCGCCAAAUCCAGAAGUUAGGAUUAGAUAUAAACUCGAGAAGGCCAAAAGAAAGGAAGCAUGGUUGAUCGAAAAGUUGAGAAAAUAUGAGGUUCCCAAGGCCCCAGCUGAAGCAUAUGAUCCUGAAAUUUUAACUGAGGAAGAGAUACACUACCUAAAGCGUACUGGUGAGAAGAAAAAAAACUAUGUUCAAGUUGGAAGACGAGGAGUAUUUGGAGGUGUUGUUCUCAAUAUGCAUCUGCAUUGGAAGAAACAUGAAACUGUGAAGGUCAUUUGCAAACCUUGCAAGCUAGGGCAGGUUCUUGAAUAUGCUGAAGAACUUGCUCGACUUAGCAAAGGCAUUGUGAUUGACAUCAAACCGAACAAUACUAUAAUUUUUUACCGUGGAAAGAAUUACGUGCAACCAAAUAUUAUGUCUCCAGCAGAUACCCUGUCUAAAAGCAAAGCUCUGGAAAAAUACAAGUACGAACAAUCCCUAGAUCAUACAAGUGAAUUCAUUGAGAAGUUGGAGAAAGAGCUGGAAGAGUAUCUUAAGCAUAAAGCUCGGUACCAUAAAGCAAAAGAGAGUGAGCCACAGGAUUUCGCAGACGAUAAUGGAUGCAACUCAACUUUGAGUUAAAUAAUCAUCCUGGAUGGUACAGACCGCAAUCGAAACAUCGAUAAGUGUUUUAUUCGGUUCAUGAGAUCAGCUUAUUUCUCAUGCCGUAAGCAUUCAGUUAACUACAUAAAAUGCAUAGGGAAGUCCAUGCUUGAAAUAUGUAUAUUACUUAGCUCCAUAUAUUUAUAAUAGCUAAGGACAUUGAUUGGAGCAAAGCAAUGGGGUUUCUUCCAUGGGGUACGGAAACAGUCCCGUCAUCUUGGACAUCCGGCAACUCCCGUUUGUGUUCUUUUCUGUUGGUGACCCCAAGAAUUGCUUUGCAUGGAUGAUUUUGCAUACAGCUUUUCCAUCUUGGAGAACUGUCAGCCAUGGUACUUUAGGGUUUUUAUAUUUUCAGUUGAACUGAGAUGGAGCUUCACUAAAGAUUUUAAUUCACAAGUUUUGGCUGAAAUGGAUUGUCACCUAAUCUCUUUUUACUUGCAGUUACUUCUAUCAAUGGAAACACACAUUUAUGUAUAUAGGGUUAGUAUUUGAAACAACACUGCCUAUUUUCCACAAACAGGUUCAAAUGCUAUUGAUCUCUCUUUCUUUCUUUCUUUUUUUAAAUAA